GAUCACGGAAGUUCUCACGAAGGGUGUCUACGAAGCGCUUCAACUAUUCGGUAUAUUCAGGGCUCGGGUUUCCCGUUCUCCACGCUAAGUCACACGGAAAAGCCGGCGUUGAUACGAAUGCUGUCUAUAAGAUGUGUUGGCAGACUUCUCUCACGUCGGGUACCCGAAAACAGGUCAAAAGCGUGAAUAAUUUACGCUAUGGCUUCUCAGGACUGUGUGCCAGCUGAAGAGUCGAACUUGGAAUUAAUUGAGGUUGGCCAGUUGGAGGACCAACAACCAACCCCUGUUCAUGCCUACCCGCCAGAUCGCGGCAAACAUGCCUGGCUUUUCCUCUGGGUGGGCUGCUUCUUGAUGGUUGCGUUGAAUUGGGGAUUCCCUUUCUCGUAUGGCGUUUUCCAGAGUUACUAUGCGACUCAUCCUCCUUUCUCCGAUCAUCCUGAAGGGUUGCCGGCGGUUGGCACUACGGCGUUGGGGAUCCUAUACUUGACAUCGCCCCCGUCUUUUAUCAUCUUACAACGGUAUCAGUCGUAUAGACGGCCAGCGCUCAUCGCUGGGUCAGUCGUCGCAUGCCUAGCCGUGCUCGUAUCUGCGUUCGCUACCGAGGUAUGGCAUCUGCUCCUGACGCAGGGAGUCCUAUACGGACUCGGCGCCAGUGUUGUGAACACGGUGACUAUCCAGUUCUUAAACGAAUGGUUCAUCGAGCGAAAGGGUCUCGCCUUCGGCAUCCAAGAAUCGGGCGCGGCUAUGGGCGGCGUAGUAAUUCCUGUUCUCAUGACAUGGGGACUUGAUAAGUACGGACAUCGCGAUAUGUUGAUAACUUGGUUCGUUGCUACUGCUAUCCUAUCCUUGCCGUCAAUUUACUUCCUCCGAGAACGCGUGAAGCCGAGGCCUGCUCAUGCUUCCGAGAUUGGCACAUUAGGCUUCGUCGCCACGCCGAUCUUCUUGCUUCUUCAAGCCGGAAACGUCUUUCAAGCUCUCGGGAAUUUCUUGCCCGGUAUUCACCUUCCGUCGUUCGCCUUGAAAUUCGGUGCUUCCCCGUUAGCCGCGGCGGGUAUGCUGUCGCUUUACAACGUCGCCUCCGUCAUAGGCGCCAUCGGCACGGGCUACCUGGUCGACCGCUACCACAUUUCGGUGACGCUGUUCCUCUUGUCGCUAGGGGCUGCCGUCGCAGUCUUCUUCGCCUGGGGUUUCGCGGUCAAUUUCGCAACGCUGUGCGGGUUUGCCUUCAUCUACGGCAUGUUUGCCGGCGGUUGGAGCUCGACCUGGGUCGGCAUAGGGCUCGAGAUACAGAAACGCAGUCCCCACGCCGAUCUAGGCCUGCUUUGGGGGUUCGCGGCGGCGGCGAGAGGCGUCGGUAGUAUUGCGAGCGGGCCUAUCAGCGAGCGGUUGAUAGAGGAGGGGGCUGGCAAGACGGCUUGGUGGCCCAAGAGCUAUGGUACAAAUUACGGCGUUCUGAUACUGUUUAACGGGAUUAUGCUGGCUUUAGGGGGCGUCGGUUGCGCAGCUCGUAUAUUCGAAAUAUUGAAGAGGUCUGGGCAUCGGCAUAAUGAUUAGUAGGCUUUCCACGAAAUCGCCACCAGGGCUGACUGACUGACAAAGGGACGGUACGCCACACUGUUACACACGAGCAGGGCGAGCGGGCAACAAUAUAAUUGGACAUAUUCAUUGACCGCCGCUAUGGGAGGUGGGCGACUUCUCCGCUCCGGUGAUAAGCAAAUUUCAAGUUCUUCUCCAUGAUCA